GACGUCGGAGCGGACUCGGCUUAUGUGCUUUCUCAGUUCAACGGUAGUACGUUGGCGCUAAGCCGCAUAGUCAAUACAUAGGAACGAAGAGGGAGGUAAAAAGCCUGCUUGGUGUCGAAAAUUACCACAAAGACGAGGCGUAACCCUUCUCGCCGCUUCCAUAUUUUGACAGAGAUUCUAACUUAGUUAAAAAAUAAAUAUUUAAGGGACUUUUUUGUUUUGCCCGUAUGCGAAAGGUGUGUAGCCAGUCGGCGACGCAUGUGUUGGGCAGGUCGCGCGUAAGCUGGUGACUAGGCUGGCGUCUGCGUUAUGGUUAAACCCAUGCUAGUUAGCGACGUGUGGGGUUAACUAGCAACGCAGAAUGACAUUCGGAUGCGCACCUAGGAGAGUCAGUCCCAGCGCAGCUGUCAAGUAAAUGUCCCUUGGCAUCCUCUACCCUGAGCUGGAUAGAUACUAUCUUGCAGGAUCCACGUCUUGAUGCUGACAUUCGCUGGGUGGGGUCGCUUUGGAUGACACGCAGCAUAAUCAUAGUAAAAUAAUAACUGUCUGGACGGAGAUUCCCGACCAAAGGGACUGAUAAGGGACGCGAUGACCAAGCCUGAGUCCAGGAGAGGCGGCGCGAUGCUCGUCGCCGGGAGAUCCGCCGAAGCGGAGGAGCAGCUCAACAACGGGCCGCUGGACCCGAACCCCUCUGGUGGCUCCGAAGAGUCGGUGGCUGCCGUGAUGCCCAGAAUUAGGUCUGCAAAGAUAGGGUUACGGGAGAGUACCCCCUGGAAGUCGGCGGAGUGUGAAGUCUACGAUGACGGAACCAACACGUUUUUCUGGAGAGCUCACACCCUGACGGUACUGUUCAUCCUCACUUGUGCUUUGGUUUAUGUCACCCUGCUGGAAGAGACACCCCAGGACACAGCCUACAACACUAAAAGGGGGAUCAUCGCCAGCAUCCUAGUGUUUCUCUGCUUUGGAGUCACUCAGGCCAAAGAUGGACCCUUCACCCGACCGCACCCAGCUUAUUGGCGCUUCUGGCUGUGUGUGUCCGUGGUCUACGAGCUCUUCCUCAUCUUCAUCCUCUUCCAGACGGUUCAUGAUGGCCGGCAGUUUAUGAAGUGGAUCGAUCCCAAACUUGGGGUGCCACUGCCAGAGAGAGACUAUGGGGGCAACUGUCUCAUCUAUGACCCGGGCAACAUCACGGACCCCUUUCACAACAUCUGGGACAAGAUGGACGGCUUUGUUCCUGCUCAUUUCCUGGGCUGGUACAUAAAGACGCUGAUGAUCCGGGACUGGUGGAUGUGCAUGAUCAUCAGUGUCAUGUUCGAGUUCCUGGAGUACAGCCUGGAGCAUCAGUUGCCCAACUUCUCAGAGUGCUGGUGGGACCACUGGAUAAUGGAUGUGCUGGUGUGCAACGGGCUAGGGAUCUAUUGUGGCAUGAAGACCCUGGGCUGGCUCUCCAUGAAGCCAUACCAGUGGCAAGGCCUGUGGAACAUCCCCACCUACAAGGGGAAGAUCAAGAGAAUCGCCUUCCAGUUCACACCCUACAGCUGGGUGAAGUUUGAGUGGAAACCGGCAUCCAACCUUCGUCGCUGGUUGGCCGUGUUAGGCAUCAUCUUCAUGUUCCUGUUGGCGGAGCUCAACACCUUCUACCUGAAGUUCGUGCUGUGGAUGCCGCCGGAGCACUACCUGGUGCUGCUGCGCCUCGUCUUCUUCGUCAACGUGGGCGGCGUGGCCAUGAGAGAAAUCUACGACUUCAUGGACGACCCGAAGUUCCACAAGAAGCUGGGGCAGCAGGCCUGGCUGGUGGCAGCCAUCACAGUCACCGAGUUCCUUAUCGUAGUGAAAUACGACCCCAACACUAUCAUGCUGCCAAUCCCAUUCUUUGUCACACAGUGCUGGAUCCUGGGCAUUGUCCUCAUCCUCACCUGGACACUAUGGAGGUUCUUCAUCCGGGACAUCACGCUACGCUACAAGGAAACGCGACGCCGCAGGCAAGAAGGAGUGGGGGAGAGGGAGCGAGUCCUCGACAACGGCGCCGUGGCGACCAGCAGCGGGCGUGCCAAGCUCAACGGGAGUUCUGAGUCAACGAGGAAUAGGAAGUCUUGAAG